AUGAAGCUUGACCACGAAGCUGGUCUGGGGGUUUGUGACAAUGGCAAUGUCAACCUCAGGCAAGUCUCAAUGAUCACAGCGACCUCAAAGGCUUGCCGGCUUAUUGGGAGCAGACAGUUGAAGCCUGCCCUUGCCCCAUCGACGGGAGUAAGAUGGUAUUCCCAAGCCACGCAGCCUUGCCAUCGAAAACUCCCCCAAUCCUUCCCCGAACUUCCGCGAACACAACUCUUUCGAUAUGUGCUGACAGGGUCAACACGGACGUCCAGAAAUGACAAACUAAGUACAGACCUUGACGGGCAAUUGGAAGAGCUAUUCGCAAGAGAGAAACUCCCCAAGAAACUGGGCGAAAACGCGCCCAAUGCACAAGGUGGCCCCACCGAGCUCCGCCUACGCCUAAAGGACGGUGAUGUCCUAUCGAAAAUACAAUCCGAGAUCCAAAUAAAAGUCAAAGACCAAAAUGCUGGAACCAAACUUGUUAAUUCCCUCCCUCUACUCCGAGAGGCUCUUGCUCAAUGCGAAAGCGAAACGCAAUGGGACGAUCUCCUGGCAACCAUCAACGGAAUUUUGGCAAGGCUUCAAAAGCUCGAGGUUGCGGAUACCAAGGAGUUACUUCUUUUGGGCAUGCGAUACGCGGCCCGGUGCUUCUCCGCCCCAGCAUUGCGACAUUACUUCAGCAAAUACUCUGAGGGUGGAUAUGGCUACUUGACCCCGGAAGCUGCCAAUGAACUCGUCAAGGACUUGGCCCACGGCCUAGAGAUGAGAACCUUCGACGAUCCUAGGAUGGAUAAAGUUAUUUCGGGCAUUAAUGGCCACGGCUCUCUCUCCGAGAUGCUUCGUUCUCUUCUCGAUUUAUCACAUCCAUCAGAGUGUGCCUUUCUCGAGGCUUAUGUCAAGCUUUUGGGCCAACUUGGUGACCAGAAACGAUUGACCGAGAUACGGCCACUUAUACAAACCGAUAUGGCGCACGGUCGAACAACAACGUAUCUAACAAACGCAGCGGUAAAUUGUUUGGAGGCUCUGGUCAAAUCGGGCAACUCACAGGCAGCCAUCGAAGCAGCGCGGGAUCUAUCGCGUCAUUGUGAUUUAAACGUGUUGCUCCCAGUGCAUGUAUGGGUGCUACUAAUCCAGCAUGACCAAGAGGGUCUACUUCGUGAACUCCCAAGCGACAAAGCAAUCCAGUCAAUGCUCACCCGAGAACUACGUGCUAUUGAAUUGAACUUGGGUGUGCGAUGGACCGACGAAGAGCGGGGGAGCCAUAUCUACUCUCGCGAAACGCCUAUUUGGUGCAAUAAUGGCAACCCUGAAGAAGCGUACCAAGCGCUUGGAAUGGACCGCCUAGUUCCGCCCACACGCCAUUUGCUAGACCUAUUUGGAACCACCAUUCCGUCGAAAUCAAUUUCAAAUCUAUCUGGCAUUGCUGAGUUAUUGAACGAAUACGAGGGUGUCGAAAUACCCUUGUGUUCAGCGCGGGAUGACCACCUUGGGCCUCUAGAGCUCGCCUGGGUAAUCCAGUGCUCACCCAUUGAGAUAACGAAGAAUCGUGAAAUCACAGCGGAAUAUGUGCAUAAUUCUUCUCAACUCUCUUCGCUUGGCCUAUUGCGAGUUCGCCUAGACUGCAAUGGCGUUCCUAGAAAGAUUGGCCCCCACCUUCAUUUGAUGCAGCUUGGAUAUGUGGUGAUGCGGAAAAAAGCGGCCUGCAGAAAAUCCCGGGUUCCAACACCAGAAGAACCUGAAAGAUGGGCGCCGACAGGCCACGUCGUUGGAUGGGAUCGGCAGAAGGGCAGACUUGUUCUUCUGUGGGUUGGCAAAGGCUAUGGUGUGAUGAAUGCCGGACUCGUACGUCCCACCGCGCCAUCGUAUCUUCCGCACUCCUGCGCUGAGGUCGGAAAUUCGAUUGAAGAGAAGAACUCGCCUGAGACGGAUGUACCGGGACUUGGUUUAGUUGAGAUAUUCAAAGAUAUCCCGGGAUUCUGGGUCGACGUUGAUCCGGGAUUUGACUUGAAGAGCUAAACCUCGCUUGAUAUCACACCACCUCGUGUUUACCACGUGCCAUGGAGCUUCUUCGGAGCGACGACGCGCUGGAUUAAUCCCCUCUCCAAAACUUCGCACAUAAACCCGCGCCAUCCUCCCGCACCGGGGUCUGAUUCUAAAAUUUAACCCCCAGCUCAUCCUACACAACUUCCUUUGAUUACAUUCUGGAUGUACUCCGUAGUUGGGCAAGGAACACGGCAAGGGUCGAGCUCCCCGGGCGUAAAAUAACCCCUGGCUUUCAUGUAGCUCCUAAGUUCGCAGCGCUGGUACUGGGUAACAGCAAUGAUAAACUACGGAGUACAGG